AUGGCCUCCAAUAUGACAUGCCCACCCCCAAUGAAGGCUACAUCAGAAGGGGUGUUUCAAGGAAACAACCCUCUUGAUUAUGCACUUCCUCUGGUAAUUGUGCAAAUAUGCUUGGUUCUCUUGCUCACUCGCGCUCUUGCCUACCUUUUGAAACCGUUAAGACAACCGCGAGUCAUCGCUGAAAUUAUUGGUGGAGUUUUACUGGGCCCAUCAGCAUUGGGCCGUAACACAACCUACCUUCAUACCAUUUUCCCUACUAAAAGCCUACCAGUCCUGGACACAUUAGCCAACCUUGGGCUUCUGUUCUUUCUUUUCCUAGUGGGCCUGGAGCUGGACUUAAACUCCCUCAGACGGACCGGAAAAAAAGCCCUGACCAUAGCCGUUGCCGGUAUCUCCCUACCAUUCAUUUUAGGAAUAUGUGUUUCCUUUGUCCUUCGCGCAACGAUCUCCAAAGGGGUCAACCCGGGCCCGUUUAUCGUGUUCAUGGGCGUCGCAAUGUCCAUCACCGCUUUCCCGGUUCUAGCCCGUAUCCUAGCCGAACUCAAGCUUUUAACCACGGAUGUCGGUAGAAUGGCCAUGUCAGCAGCCGCGGUUAACGACGUGGCGGCUUGGAUCCUACUUGCACUAGCCGUAGCACUCUCGGGCUCUGGGCAUUCGCCAUUUGUGGCUCUUUGGGUUUUCAUGUGUGGGUCGGCUUUCAUCAUGUUAUGUUCGUUUGUCAUCCCACCAAUUUUUAAAUGGAUGUCUCGGAGGUGCCCCGAAGGUGAGCCCGUGGACGAGGUUUACGUUUGUGCCACUUUGGGGGUGGUUUUGGCUGCGGGGUUUGUGACGGAUGCUAUCGGGAUUCAUGCACUUUUCGGGGCUUUUGUGGUGGGUAUUCUCAUCCCGAAAGAAGGCCCGUUUGCUGGGGCGUUAGUGGAAAAAGUUGAGGAUCUUGUUUCGGGCUUGUUCUUACCGCUUUACUUUGUGUCAAGUGGUUUAAAAACAAAUGUAGCUUCCAUUAGAGGGGUUGAAUCUUGGUGUUUAUUCGUUUUGGUCGUAUGUGCGGCUUGUUUAGGGAAGAUUGCUGGCACGGUCGUGGUUUCUUUGUGGUGCAAAGUUCCAUUUUCGGAGGCUCUUGCUCUCGGGCUUUUGAUGAACACGAAAGGCUUGGUCGAACUUAUCGUUCUCAACAUUGGAAAAGACCGCGGAGUGCUAAAUGAUCAAACUUUUGCAAUAUUGGUUUUGAUGGCUCUUGUCACAACAUUUAUCACUACGCCUUCAGUGAUUGCGGUCUACAAGCCCGCGAAAAAGGCCACAAAAUCGGAAUACAAAAACAAGACGGUUUACGGGAAAGGUUUUGCGACGAGCCAGUUCCGUAUAUUCAUCACUUUCCAUGGAAUCAGAAACCUACCAACAAUGAUUAAUCUGAUCGAAGCCUCACGUGGGACCGGAAAGAAAGAGACCCUUACGGUCCACGCGAUGCACCUCAUGGAACUCACCGAGAGGUCUUCGGCUAUACUCAUGGUUCACAAGGCUAGGAGAAAUGGGCACCCCUUUUGGAAGAAAGAUCCCAAUAAGGGUUCGGAUCAAAUCGUGGUGGCGUUCGAGGCGUUUCAGCAGCUUAGUAAAGUCUCGAUCCGACCCACAACCGCCAUCUCUGCGGUAUCAAGCAUGUAUGAAGAUAUAUGUGAAGAGGCUGAGGCGAAAAAGGCAAGCAUGAUCAUCCUCCAGUUUCAUAAGCACAUAAGGCUCGACGGUCAUCUCGAGACAACCCGGGAUGAAUACCGGCACGUUAACCGGAAGGUUUUGGAGCACGCCCCGUGUUCGGUUAGUAUCUUAGUGGACCGUGGGUUUGGUGGGACUUCACACGUUUCCGCGAGUAACGUCGACUCGCUAGUGACGGUUUUGUUUUUCGGUGGUCAUGAUGACCACGAGGCUUUAGCCUAUGGAGCCCGGAUGGCUGAGCAUCCGGGCAUCAACCUAGUUGUAGUCCGGAUCCUUCUGGACUACAAUGCAGCCAACUCGGGCUCCGUGAGUGUCGAGAUAAGCGAACCGCCUAAAGACGAUGAUGUGAUUGCUGAAUUCAAAGAUAAGAUAUUGAAGAAAAGCACAAUCAAAUAUAUGGAGAGAGUGGUCAAAAACGCCUCCGAGGCGAUCGAAGUGAUUCGUGAUAACACUCGAUGCAACCUGGUUAUAGUCGGGAGGAUGCCCGAAGGUGAGCUAGCCGCAUUGAUGAGGAAAAGAAGCGAGUUCCCGGAGAUGGGGCCCAUCGGGAACCUUCUAAUCUCGCCGGAGUUCCAUAUCACGGCGUCGGUGUUGGUGGUCCAGCAAUACCGCCCACAGCUUUCGGUACAUGCUCUUGCCUCUUUAAAAGAGGAGGAAGCCAGUACCGACUAAUGGGAAUACGAGUCCAAUUAACUUGUUUUUGCAUAUAACCUGACCAGUUGUUAACUGAUCAUGUUGUUCGAGACGGAUCCGAUCUGUUAAUAACAAUUUAGUUAUUAACAGAUCGGACUGGUUGUGGACUAGGUUUAUAAGUUUGUUAGAACACAAAUAAACUCAGGGGACGAAUUGUGUAACACGUUACAUAUGUUGGUUUCUUUGGGAUGAUGUAAUUUUUUUUUUUUUUUGGUUAAAUUUUCAAAGAACUGUAAUUAUGAACAAAAAGAUGUAUAUUUUUAUGUAAAAACUUUAUACCGUGAAUAAGAAAGAGAUAAAACAUAA